AUGUGCGACAAGUGCGGAAAGGACAACCUGCGCCAGAUGGUCGCUCAGAACAGGCCUCAGGCCUACAUCAACGGCGCCAACAUGGGGUGGCAUUGCGACGCCUGCUGGAUAAGCCACCUUGAGGAGCAGGGCCUCUCAGCGCCGGCAGGAGCGACAUUCUCCGACAUAGUCAAGGAGUAUGAGCAGCAGAGGGCGGGAGUCGACAACGACAAAGCGAGCGCCCUCCCUUCCCUGGGACUCCUUCCACUUGGCUUUGGAUGCAGCCCCCUGGCGGACACGAGGACACUAGCGGACCUCCUCAUGGAACCGACGGGCAUGAAGAUCCCCGAGCGAGCCAACACCACCAUUCCCAUCCUGCGGAUCCGGGACGAGCGCUUCGGCUUAAAAGCCGCGCAGACGCAGACCUACUCCGCGCG